UAGUAAACCAAGGUCUGGAUUCUGGACCCAUCUUAUGAACUCUCACCAGGAUACAAAAACGCCUCUGAAUAUCAAGUGAAAGCCAUACAGUACAAAUAUCAAUCAGAAUGAAUUGGGACCGCACUAGAAGAUUUGAUGAACGGCGCGGAGGAGAAAGCUAUCGCCCGAGCGAUAGACCGCGUCCACCAUCUCGAGACUAUGUCCGACGUACCAGGUCACCACACCAGACUCGUUCCCCUCGUCUAGUGGCCGAUACAUGGGUGCCAACGCCUAGUCACCCGCGAAGUCGAAUUCGAAGUCGGUCACCGCCAGCGUCACAACGUCGGUCCCGGAGCCCGUCCUUGCGUUAUAGGGAUAACUACACUAGCUAUUACUCGAGGAGGCAAUCUGCUUCGAGGAGAUUCUCCCCGAGACGUGAUGAGAGACGAAGGUCCCCGCAGACUACUUGGCGCUCAAGAUCUCCGCACGUGGAAGCUGCCCUCCGGUCAGCUUCUCGGAGUCGUUCUCCAGGGCGACUGGCUGAAGCAUCACCAAGUCGAGGCUUCGGGCCGUCCAGACGAGGGUCUUUUGCUCCGUCCGCGGACAGCAGGUAUGCAAAAAUGUUAUCGCCCUCGCGAAGUGGGUUGGGACAAGACAGCUGGCCGCGGUUGCAGACUUUCCCUCGUUCACGGAGUCCUUCCCAGGGAGGACGCCGAGAUCACCGGAUCGAGUACACUCGAAGGAGGUCACCCUUAUCCCCUUCAAGGUGUGCGUCGUCUGUAUAUUCUUCAGUACCAUACUCUGAUGCCGGUUCCAGGCGCUCGUCACCGCCCAUUCAGUCUGAGAGUAUCAACGUUGCCAGAAGUUGUGCGGGUCCGCGAUCCCCUCGAAAGUGCGACAGGUUCACUGGUUCCAUUUCUUUCCAGGAGCGGAUUCCGGCGGUAGAUAUUCGGAAAAUUAAUCCAGAUGAACUGAGUCAUAGGCCUUCGACGGAGAAGCAGGCAGUAAAAAUCACUGGAAAGGAGCUGGUACCGGAAAGAGAUGAUUCCAUACAUUCCGUCAGGCCUACGGAGCCUGGUGUCAUUCCAUUGAAUGUUGUGCAGCCGACAGUCGAUACCUUUACCCAAGCAAAGGGUCACAAUGGGUUGUCAGAUCAAGCACCACCAUCUGGCCCUUCCCAUGGUGUAAAGUCGUUUCCUUCUCAAAAUCGUGGAAACAUCUCAUUGCUCUCAGCCCCAACUCGUCCGCGUGGUGGACAGAGAUUGAGGGACAGCUCGUGGUCAGGCACCCUGGCAGCCCGUCGUGUAUCUAUGCCAGCAACCUCCCUUGGUCCCGCCACGGUCACUCGGGGUAGUAUUACACCAUCGACGCCUGGGAACGAGACUCAUCGUCCGCACAGGCAACAUGGUGUCACAUCCGCCGUUUGUCCCCGCGGCCAGAGAUUUACAGAUUACCUUGCAUGUCUUCCGCAAAUUAUACCCGGGGGCAAGGUAUUAUCCCUGGGUCUGGAUCCCGCUAUUGGGAGACGUAUUUCUCAGCUGGAGAUUGAUAAGGAAAAAAUCAUGGAACAGUUCGCGGAAAGGCACAGAUUCAGGCGAGCUUGUGUCAAGGACUGGGGCCAGGUGGACAGGGAAAGUUCUAUCGGCAGCCUGAAGAGUGAACUGGCUGAGGGCCAUCUGCAUCAAAUAGCUGAGGGUGAUGAUAUAUGUAGGGGCACAGUAUUCUAAUUCUGGUGGCAGACUGUUUACUUGGUCAUACUGGGUGAUCCACAAGCGAGCGUUCCACCUCCGUAUCCCAUGUAAAAUAGUACUUUUCAAGACCUUGACAUCUUAACAAUAAUGCAUCUAAUGAUCAUAAGAUUUCAGAUGCAGUAUAACUUAGUACUGUAACUAAUAUAUUAAGAAGAUAUAUCUCUUUAAUAGAUAUUCCUCUAGGUGAGAUAAAU